AGGCGGAGCAUCGACAGUGGUAUUAUUUUCCACUCUACAAUUUCUCUGCAACAAUGGCCAUGGAGAAACGGAGAGGGCUGGAAGCGGUAGUCCUCGACAAGGUAGGAGAAGCAGUCUCAACCAUUAGGACCGCCAAACAGGUGGACCAAGUCAUCUGCUCUCUUCAUUCCCUCGCUGCACUUCUCUUUCCCAUCGAUUCUUCUCUUCUCUCAGGUAGCAUUGACGAACGUUAUCGAGAGCAGGUGCUUGGUGCGAAGAUACCCUCGGCAAGAGAGAGAAGUGAUUGGUGGGAGGUGUUCUACCGAGGAGCGGCCUUUCCAACGCUAGCUCGGGUUUUGUUACUAGAUGUUGCUUCAAAUUGGCUUCCUUGCUUCCCCUUUUCUGCGCAGAAGCUUGUGUAUGAUGUCUACUUUGUUGACGGACUUACCUCUGAGGUAGUUCAGACUCUGGUUCCUUUCCUGCAGCACAGUGGAAGUGAUUAUGUUGAUGUAAAUGCUGUCCACUCUAAUACCGAAAGGUUACUUGUACUUUGCUUGCUUGAAAAUGACGGGGUGCUCAAAAUUGCUAAAGAAUUCGACCAUUUCUGCCCAUAUGAAGAUUUUACUACCAAUGCAACACUGAGAACAAGUUUGUCUAGGGUGGCUCAGAUUGUUGCUUCAAUUCCUGACAAAGCAAGAUUAAAGGCACCCGUGUCACUCUCCUCACAUACAUUUUUCAAGCUUAUUAUCAUUCAACUUCUCUCUGGAAUGGAGAAACUGAAUACAGAUCAUACUACCUCAAAUAAAUGUGAUGUGGAGCAGACAUUGCUAUUUAUCGGUGAAAUAAUAUCUCGCAUUUUUCGUCGUGGGUCUUCAGAUGUGCUGUUAAGUGAAGUUAUUCCUCGGGUUCUUGGACAUGUUCAGAGCAUCUUGUCUUCAGCUACUGACUCAGUGGAGUCUACUUUUGAGUCAAAACCUGGAUCCCAAAUUUGGAUGAAAAUAAUGGAAGUAAUAAAAGACCCCUAUGUUGUUGAAAGAAUGACUGAACAGCUUUUGCUACAGCUAGCAAUUAAAUGUGCAAGCAACACUGAAGCCUACUGGAUCCUCUGGAUAUUGUUUCAUCGGACAAUUAAGAAUCAGGCAUCAGUCAGAUCAAUGUUUAUUGACAAAUUUCUACUCUGGAAAGUAUUUCCUCUCUGUUGCCUACGAUGGAUCCUUCAAUUUGCCGUUCUCCAGUGCCCACCUGUUGCAGAUUCCCUCACUAAAGGUCAUGAAUCACAUGGUCUCUUAGACACAGUGCAACGUGUUGUAGCAGUAUGGUCUAAAAGGGAGUUUUUCCAAUCAUCUCCAAUGGAGAAGCAAAUUUAUUUAACCGCAGCUGCAGGCCUUUGCCUGGAGAAGAUGUCUAAGGAAGAAUUAGAGAAGACUAAGGAUGUGAUGCACUCAGUUCUUCAAGGAGUUAGCUGUAGGCUGGAAAACCCUGAUCAUUUAGUUCGAAAAAUGGCUAGCAGUAUUGCUUUUGUUUUUUCUAAAAUAAUUGAUCCAAAAAAUCCUUUAUAUCUUGAUGAUGACUUCACCAGAGAGAAUAUUGAUUGGGAAUUUGGGUUAACAGGCCCCGAGAAGGGGACUUUGUCUGCCUCUAAUUAUACAGAGACGAAUGCUGACGAACUAAGAACAUCAGUCCCCUCAGUGAAAGAAAAGGACCCAACAAAUGAUAGGAUACGCCUUAACUUGAAGGGUAAGGGCAAGAAAGCAUCUGAAUAUAAGAUUGUUGAUCCGAAUGAGAUCAUUGAUCCUGCCAUACUAAAUUAUGAAUCCAUCUCUGAGGAGGAGGAAGAUGACAAUGCAAGUGAGAUUUCAGAUUCCUCAAGUGACUCAUCUUUACAGCCGUAUGACUUGUCAGAUGAUGACUCUGACUUAAAAAGAAAAUUCUCACAGUUGGUUGAUGUAGUCGGAGCACUAAGAAAAUCUGAUGAUGCUGAUGGGGUGGAGAGAGCUCUUGAUGUUGCUGAAAAACUUGUUCGAGCAUCACCCGAUGAACUUGCUCAUGUAGCAGGCGACCUUGUUAGAACCCUUAUACAGGUUCGUUGUUCUGAUGCGGCUGUGGAAGGUGAGGAAGAUUCAGCCGAAGAGAAAAGGCAACGAGCAUUAGUUGCAUUGGUUGUCACAUGUCCAUUAAAAUCCCUUGACAACUUAAAUAAACUACUAUACUCACCUAAUGUGGACAUCAGCCAACGAAUAAUGAUACUCGAUGUCAUGAGUGAAGCUGCUCAAGAGCUUGCUGAUGCAAAAGUGAAGACUAAGCAUAAAAAAGGAGCCCUGAUAUCAACCAUAUCAGAGGCUCAACCCUGGUUCUUGCCUAGUAGCACAGGGCCUCCUGAAGCUGGCUCAUGGAAAGAGAUUUCAGAUGCAGGAAUGCUACUAAACUGGUCAAAUCGUUAUGAGAGAGAACUUCCCCCCAAACCGGGCAUGAUCAAGAAAGGAAAGACACGUAGAUGGAGCCUCAAAUCAGUUAACAUAGAAGCAAAUCAGAUGGAAUGGUCCCAUAAUAAGUUUCCUGCAUAUGCAGCAGCAUUUAUGCUUCCUGCCAUGCAGGGAUUUGAUAAGAGAAGGCAUGGUGUUGAUUUGCUUGGUAGGGAUUUCAUUGUCCUUGGGAAACUCAUUUAUAUGCUUGGUGUUUGUAUGAGAUGUGCAUCCAUGCACCCUGAAGCAUCAGCUUUGGCUCCCCCACUUCUAGAUAUGUUAAAAUCCAGGGAGAUUUGCCAUCACAAGGAGGCAUAUGUCAGAAGAGCUGUUCUUUUUGCAGCUUCAUGCAUAUUAGUUUCACUUCAUCCCUCUUAUGUUGCAUCUGCCCUGGUAGAAGGAAAUCAUGAAGUUUCAGAAGGGCUAGAAUGGAUUCGUACAUGGGCCCUUCAUGUGGCUGAUUCAGAUAUUGAUAGAGAAUGCUACAUGAUGGCGAUGUCGUGUCUCCAACUCCAUACCGAAAUGGCCCUGCAAGCUUCCCGGGCACUUGAGUCGACAGAAACUUCAUUCAACGCAAAGUCUAGUGGUCGCCCUUCUACUAUGUCUAACGCGACAAUCAAAAUACCCCGCUCAAGUAUGGAAUUCUUGAAUUAUUAAUAUUGUUUCUAAUAAGCCAUGUACUGUACAGUUUAGACUUUAGAGCAAUAAUUUAUCUAUUGCAUAUAGAGUUCUUUAGGUUCAACUGUCUAUCAGCAUUCUUUGUAAUUCAUCAACCAUGAUUCUCAUGUCAA